AGUAGUUAACUUUGAAAUUUUUUGUACUAAUAAAAUAAUGAAGAAGAAACAAUAAAAAAGCAUCACCACAACAGAACCAAACAGAGCAACAACGUUGUCUUUUUCUUGACUGUAUCUCCAAUGGCUUUCUCCACACACCUUUGCCGUUUCCCCGCCACUCGCAUUGACGUCCCUCUCCCGGAGAGACUCCGCUGCCGGAAAGUCUUCUCAGUUCGUUGUUCCACUGACUCCGAUUUCGAUCCAAAGGUGUUCCGAAAGAACCUCACCAGGAGUGACAAUUAUAACCGCAAAGGCUUUGGACGCAAAGAAGAGACCCUCAAACUCAUGAAUCGCGAGUACACCAGCGACAUCAUUAAGACUUUGAAGGAAAAUGGGUUUGAGUAUACAUGGGGUAAUAUCACCGUGAUGCUAGCUGAAUCCUUUGGAUUUUGUUGGGGAGUUGAGAGAGCUGUUCAAAUUGCAUAUGAGGCCAGAAAACAGUUUCCUAAUGACAAAAUUUGGAUUACCAAUGAAAUCAUCCACAACCCAACUGUUAAUAAGCGACUAGAGGAGAUGGAAGUGCAAACCAUUCCUAUUGGAGAAGGAAAGAAACAAUUUGAGGUUGUCAACAAGGGUGAUGUUGUCAUAUUGCCUGCUUUUGGAGCUGCAGUGGACGAGAUGUUGACUUUGAGUGAGAAAAGUGUUCAAAUCGUUGAUACUACUUGUCCUUGGGUUUCAAAGGUAUGGAAUGUUGUCGAAAAGCACAAAAAAGGAGAUUAUACCUCGAUAAUUCAUGGUAAAUAUGCUCAUGAGGAAACAGUAGCAACUGCAUCGUUUGCUGCAAAGUACAUAAUUGUGAAAAAUAUGGCAGAGGCUGAAUAUGUCUGCGACUAUAUCCUUGGUGGUGAACUUAAUGGAUCCAGCUCAACCAGGGAGGCGUUUUUCGAGAAAUUCAAAUAUGCAGUUUCUAAGGGAUUUGAUCCAGACAAUGACCUCAUAAAACUUGGCAUUGCAAAUCAGACAACAAUGCUCAAAGGAGAGACUGAAGAGAUCGGGAAACUAGUGGAGAGGACUAUGAUGCGCAAAUUUGGCGUGGAAAACGUUAAUGAGCACUUCAUAAGCUUCAAUACAAUUUGUGAUGCUACUCAGGAGCGACAAGACGCUAUUUACAAGCUGGUAGAGAAAGAUAUGGAUCUUAUGUUAGUAAUUGGUGGCUGGAACUCGAGCAAUACAUCGCACUUGCAAGAGAUAGCGGAGGAACGCAGAAUUCCUUCUUACUGGAUUGACAGUGAGCAGAGAAUUGGUCCAGGAAACAGAAUAGCAUACAAGUUGAAUCACGGCGAGCUUGUCGAGAAAGAAAACUGGCUACCCAAGGGUCCAUUAAAGAUUGGUGUAACAUCUGGUGCAUCAACACCAGACAAGGCCGUGGAAGAUGUGCUCAUCAAGGUGUUUGAUUUAAAAAGAGAAGAAGCAUUACAACUCGCAUAAAUUAGUUCCGCAUACAUACAUUAUUAAAUGUAUAAAUAACAGGAGGGACUUGAAUUACAGGAUUUGUUACUGUUCAAAAUUAUCAAUGAGAAACCUCAAUGUUAAAUUAAAUAAAUUCUUCCAAUUGUUGCCGUUUUAGUAGUGUUUAGUAUUAGUUGUCAAUUGUCAUCAUAGAUCAAUCUAUUAGCACCAAGUUAUCCAUGCAUUUGUGAACAUUGAUGGCAUUAUCAUCAUUUGAAUGGAAAUGGGAAUAGUUCAAUACAA